AUGGCUACGACACCCACUCCGGGUUGUGGGCUUAUCGGUGACGAUGCGCUGUUUCAGAUUUACCCAAAGGGUAUUCGUCAUAUCCGUUCGGAUCGCCGUGUGAAUGAAUGGAAAACCCCUGGAAAACGACAGAUUGUCAAAUGUGCUAUGAAUCGGUUGACUGAGCAACUAAACGAGUUCACUGAACGAACUUCAUGGCCUCAUGAGGUCCUAUGCAUGAGCUUGAGUGAAAUACCCGAAGGAGAGCUUCGUUCACGGAUUGCUGACAGCACAGUUCGUAUGAUCUCUUUGGAUCCUACUGACACCCUUAGUCCUUUAAGUAUGCAAGCUCUUCCAUCUCAAUUGGAAUCGCUUCUUUUACUGGAAACCACUAGGGAGGAUGGUAAAGGAUCUUCGACUAUUCAUCUUAAUAUCGGUCUCCAGAACGGAUGCUUACUGCGUACCAUGGUUGAUAACGUCACUGGGGAUAUGAUGGAUACCAGGACAAGAUAUCUGGGUACCAGACCUAUAAGGGUUCUCUGCACCUCGUCAAGGUCGUGGUUAUUGUACCACUAUCACAAUCGUUUCGACUUGACACUACUGAGCUAUGUAACAUUGGAGUCAGCUUCAAGCUUUAGUUCAGAGCAGUAUCUAGAGGGCAUAGUUGCGAUAGCAGAGAAUACUUUGAGGUGUCUUCGAGAAGGCUGGUCUGUUAAUCCUCUCUCUAAGAUCAUGGCAGUAGAGAAACUUGGUGCUUAUUUCAAUCACAUCAGCUAUCCGUUGAAAUAUACUCCUCGAAGAAUGAUUGUGCACCCCUUAGCCACUGCACUCGUGAUGAUCGAGACCGACCAUGCAGCUUAUACAAAUGUUACUUUGAACAAAAAAAGAAAUGAUAUGGCCGAUAUAGAAAUAUCCUGCACGCCAAUUCCAUAUGAGAACCUUAAAACAAAAAUUCAGUGGCAAUUACAUUUCUCUGUUGACAUUGUACGCUUAGCUACUGAUAUGGAAGAAGUGGAGUUGGCGAAGGAAAUUGCUGAUAAGUUACGAAACAACAAGCCGGACGAAACUGUAUAUGGAGGCAAAGGCUGCACCAGGGAAAUGGGCUUCUGUUGUACCUCUACUGAAUACUAA